ACUGAAUAAAAGUAAACAAACUCUCAUUGUAAGAAAAGUGUGAUUAUACGUUUUCAAUGUGUUUUUGCAUAAAAUUGUUGAAAGAUUAUAAUUAAAAACGCUGAUUUUGCCAAUAAAUUUAAAAGUGUCAAAUUUUAACCAAAAGUUAAAAAUUUCGCCGUCUUGUCUACGGCCUUAGCCUUUCUAUUUCCUAUUUUUUAUAUUUCUUCCACUAAAAACUGAGUUUUUAGAUUCACUUGAAAAAUGUCACCACCAAAAGCAAAACUACAUCGGAAUACCGGAAAACUGAAGUCUAUACCAAAAACAUCGAGUGGAUCAAUUCCUGCAAGUCAAGUCUCAACCAGCGAUGUUACAGAAAUCUGUACAAGAGGACCUGAUGAGCAAUUCGAGUUGGAGCUAUAUUGGUGUAUUCAACAGUUGGAGAAUUCACUAAAUAUUCCUCACACACAAGAGAAUAAAAAGAAAAUGGUAGACACGACAAAAUUGAUUAAUUUGCUCAAGUCCCCCAACCAACCGUUGGUCAAAAAACGUCAAAUCAUGCGAACAAACUUCGGGAAUUAUCGAACAAAGAUGGCCGAGGAAGAGAAAUCAAUGGCUCUCAAUCCGGAAAGUGUGAAAUUCGAUGUCACGAAAAAUAAACCGAAAUAUCACUUUGUUAAGAAAGCAGCUUCCCUCAAUAGUACAAAUGAUUUUCGGUUAAAUUUCUCUAAUAUACUGAUAACAGACGAGCAAUCAGAAAGCGACGAAAAAUUGAAAACGGAACCAGAUUGUAUAUCUACACUCAAAAUAGUUACAACGUCCGGAAAUUCUUUCAAAUUUAAUUUUUCCAUGGAAAACCAGUAAUGUAAUAAUAAAAACAAUCUAAUAUUA